CCUGUCAAUCACACCGAUGACGCGCGCGCGGGUUUAUAAGCGGCGCGCCGCGAGCGCACCUAAGUACUUCUCCAGAGCGCACAAGCAGAGGUGGAUGCAUCCGAACGAUAUCACACAGAUCUGCCUGUCUUCGAUGUGUUCCGUCAUGGAGCAGAGCGUUAAAGCGGCCGCAGCCCUGCAGGUGAUCCAGACGCGCAGCUCGCCCAGCGUACUGCUCGCGUACAAAAGCGUGACGCAACGAUUCGGCGCGACCGGGUUCAGCGUCAGCACGCUCUCCAAAGCAGGACUGGGAAUCCUCAAACUGGCCACGACGCAGCUGAAGCAGCAGGAACAGAAGGCGCGGGUGGUGCGUGCGUCCAGUCUGGGUAAAGCGCACCCCGCGUCCGUCGAUAAAAAGUCCCCUCUGGACCUGCUGGCCGCGCUUGUCCUGCACGGCAACGCACGCCUCCCGCCGCUGGCGAACGACUCGCAUGUCGCCAAGCCGCAGAACUGCAGGCGCAUCGUGGUGCUCGGCGCGCCGCGCGUCGGGAAGACCUCCAUCCUGCGCCGCUUCCUGCGCGACGGCUUCGAGGAGCGAUACGAGCCCACGAGUGAGGAUUUCCACCGGAAACUCUACCAAAUCCGCGGAGAGACUUACCAGAUAGACAUACUGGACGCGUCCGGGGAGAGGAGCUUCCCCGCCAAGAGGAGGCUGUCCAUCCUGACAGGUGAUAUAUUCCUGCUCGUCUUCAGUCUCGACGACCGCAGCUCGUACGAGGAAGUGCGCGCUCUGCACGCCGAGAUAGUGGCGGCCAAAACGGCGCUGCGCCGAUCCAAACAGAAGGCGUGCGUGCCGACGGUGGUCUGCGCGAACAAGGUGGACUUGCCCUCGGAGCAGCGCGCGGUGUCGCGGACCGAGGUGCUCCGCGCGCUCGGUAACGGCUGCGCUCUGUUCGAGACCUCCGCCAAAGACAGCGUCAAUCUGGAGCAGGUGUUCGAGGCGCUGGCGCGGCGCGGCGGCCUCCCCCUCGAGACCGGACCCUCGCAGCACCGCAAAGUGUCCAUCCGCUCGUACCAGGCGCUGCGGGCGGCGCGGCAAGCGGAGAGAGGGAGCACGGCGGCGGCGUGCGACGCUCCGUGCGGGGCGCUCUUCCCGCUGGCCCGCAGACCGAGCUUCGGCACCGACCUGCGGCUGGUCCUUGGGCCCAAAGCCAGCAGAAAACAGAGCAAAGCGCUGGACAAGUGUCAGAUUCAGUGAAACAACUCCGACUGAGAGAAAGAGAAC